UGAGGCUGGACCAAUAAGCUGCGAGCUGUGGGCGUGUCCAGCCCCUGUCCUGCGGGUUCCCUGUAGUGGAGCGGCGGUGUGCUGAGCAGUGUGCGGACGCGGAGCCUGAAUCAUUCUGACAGACUAGCGACUUCUGAAGCUGAUCCAGAAUGGACUCUUCACUGAGUGCAGCUCAGAUCCGCGAGAAGUUCAUCGACUACUUCCGCCGCCAUGAGCAUCAGUACGUCCACUCGUCGGCCACCAUCCCAUUGGACGACCCCACGCUGCUUUUCGCCAAUGCCGGCAUGAAUCAGUUCAAGCCCAUCUUCCUCAACACCAUCGACCCCUCCCACCCCAUGGCCAGGCUGCGCCGCGCCGCCAACACCCAGAAGUGCAUUCGCGCUGGAGGCAAACACAACGAUCUGGAUGAUGUGGGCAAAGAUGUUUAUCAUCACACCUUCUUCGAGAUGCUGGGCUCAUGGUCCUUCGGGGACUACUUCAAGCAUCUGGCCUGUGAGAUGGCCUUGGAGCUGCUGACCAAGGAGUUUGGUAUUCCAAUAGAUCGUCUGUACGUCACCUACUUCGGAGGUGAUACUGCUGCAGGCCUGGAGCCCGACCUGGAGUGCAAGCAGAUCUGGAUCGACCUGGGGGUGGACGAGGCUCGUAUCCUGCCUGGCAACAUGAAGGAUAACUUCUGGGAGAUGGGAGACACCGGCCCCUGCGGCCCCUGCAGUGAAAUCCACUUCGACCGCAUUGGAGGGAGAGACGCCUCUCACCUGGUGAACCAGGACGAUCCCAACGUGCUGGAGAUCUGGAACCUGGUUUUCAUCCAGUUCAACAGAGAGUCAGAGACGGAGCUGAAGCCGCUGCCUAAGAAGAGCAUCGACACGGGGAUGGGUCUGGAGCGCCUGGUCUCCGUCCUGCAGAACAAGAUGUCCAACUAUGACACCGACCUCUUCAUCCCGUACUUUGAAGCCAUUCAGAAGGGCACAGGUGCCAGGCCUUACACUGGGAAAGUGGGAGCUGAGGACACUGACGGUAUUGACAUGGCCUACCGUGUGCUGGCUGACCACGCCCGCACCAUCACCAUCGCCCUGUCAGACGGCGGCCGGCCCGACAACACAGGAAGAGGCUACGUGUUGAGGAGGAUCCUGAGGCGUGCAGUACGUUAUUCCCAUGAGAAGCUGGGAGCUGAGAAAGGCUUCUUUGCCACCCUUGUGGAUGUGGUGGUCGCUUCCCUGGGCGAUGCGUUCCCAGAGCUGAAGAAAGACCCAGACAUGGUGAAGGACAUUAUCAACGAGGAGGAGACGCAGUUCCUCAAAACACUCAGCAGGGGGCGGCGCAUUCUAGACAGGAAGAUCCAGAGCCUGGGAGACUGCAAAACCAUCCCAGGUGACACUGCAUGGCUGCUAUACGACACCUACGGCUUCCCUCUGGACCUGACUGCCCUCAUCGCCGAGGAGAAAGGCAUGUGUGUCGACACCGACGCCUUUGAGGAGGAGAAGAAAGCAGCACAGUUGAAGUCCCAGUGUAAGGGCGCAGGUGAUGAAGACCACUUCAUGCUGGACAUCUACGCCAUUGAAGAGCUGCGAAACAAGAACAUCCCCGCCACCGACGACUCCCUCAAAUACAGCUACAAGUCGGACGACAAAGGCGACUACGUGUUUGAGAAAACCUCGGCCACGGUGCUCGCCUUGCGCUGUAACCGCGCCUUCUGCGACGAGGUGACCACGGGCCAGAAGUGCGGCGUGGUGCUGGACCAGACGUCUUUCUACGCCGAGCAGGGAGGGCAGAUCUUCGAUGAGGGCUACAUGCUCCGGGAGAAUGACUCCACAGACGACCGGAUGGAGUUCUCGGUGCAGGACACGCAGGUCAGAGGUGGCUACGUCCUCCACAUCGGGACGGUGUGCGGGAAGCUGAAGGUCGGAGACCGCGUCACCCUGCAUGUAGAUGAGGCUCGUCGCAGGCUUGUCAUGAGCAACCACACCGCUACGCACAUCCUCAACUUCGCCCUGCGGGGGGUUUUGGGUGAGGCCGACCAGAGGGGGUCCCUGGUCGCCCCCUCCCGCCUGCGCUUCGACUUCACAGCCAAAGGCGCCCUGAGCACCGGGGAGAUCCGCCGCACCGAGGAGAUUGCGUGCACAAUGAUCCGACGGGGCGAGAAUGUUUACGCCAAGGACGCCCCACUGGCACAGGCCAAAGCCAUCCAGGGUCUGCGCGCCGUGUUCGACGAGACCUACCCCGACCCGGUCCGCGUCGUGUCCAUCGGCGUCCCCGUGGAACAGCUGCUCAGUGAACCCAACUGCAACGCAGGAUCGGUCACCUCCAUUGAGUUUUGUGGUGGAACCCAUCUGGAGAACGCGGGUCACGCUGGCCCGUUCGUUAUCGUCUCUGAGGAGGCCAUCGCUAAGGGCAUCCGCCGCAUUGUCGCUGUGACAGGAGCAGAGGCCCAGAAGGCCAAGAGGAAAGCUGAUGCUCUCUCUCAGUGUCUGUCUGAGCUGGGAGACAAGGUGAAGGCCCAGAAAGCCCCCAACAAGGACUUACAGAAAGAGAUCACUGAUGUCAAUGAUACAAUAGGCCAAGCGAUGAUCGCCCAGUGGCAGAAGGACGAGAUGAGAGACACCCUGAAGAGCCUGAAAAAGACCAUGGACGACCUGGACCGCGCCUGCAAGGCCGACGUGCAGAAGAGAGUCCUGGAAAAGACCAAGGAGGUGAUCGACACCCGACCAAACGAGACACUGCUCGUCAUGGAGAUGGAGAGCGGAGCCUCAGCUAAGGCUCUGAAUGAGUCCCUGAAGUUGCUGAAGACUCAGUCGCCUCAGACCGCCGCCAUGCUGUUCACUGUCGACCCCGACGCCGGCAAGAUCAUCUGCCUGUGCCAAGUCCCGCAGGAGCUGGCAGAGCGCGGACUGAAGGCCAACGAGUGGGUACAGGAGCUCUGCCCCCUGCUGGACGGCAAAGGAGGCGGCAAGGACAUGUCAGCCCAGGCGACAGGCAGGAACACGCACUGCCUGCAGGAGGCGCUGCAGCUGGCCAACAAGUUCGCACAGCUCAAACUGGGGGAGAACUAGAAGCAGAGAGGGGGCCGGUGGAGACGGGAGAGAGGGAUGGAGGAGGAGGAAAAAUGUCACUGGAGGGGAAGAGAAGAGUAGAGUCAGAGAGAAAGAGGAGGAUGUAACGAAGGAGAGGCAGACUGAAGCAGGCUUUAUGAGGGUGAGUCAGGUUCAGACAGAGUUAAGACUGACAGAUAUCCUUCCUUUCUUCCUUCCUUCCCUCCUUCCUCAUCUCCUCUUCCUUCCUUCACCUCACAGAUUAGGGAAUGAUCUGCACUUCCGCUCCCACCACGAAACAUGACCACUGUAACUGAGCCUGACAGUACAAGAGCCAAUGGCAGAUUAAUAUUAGCAGUAAGUUUGCCCCGCUAAAAUUCAUCUCUGUGGAAAUCAGAACUUGCUAAAACCCGUACGCACAUCCUCUCAUGUUUUAAAAAGAAAAAUAAAAAAGGGACGCCGCAGCCGAGACAGGCGGUUAGCUAGCACAUCCGCGUCGACCUGCUCCACAGUUGCAUGUUUGUGAGGACGAGCGGGGCUUGUGCUUUCGUUGUUCGGUUGAUGAACUGUCAUAAAAAAGCUACUAAUGUUGAGCAGUGCAGCCUCUUUACUGCAGGGUACAGUUACGAUGAUUUAAAAGGAAGAAACUUGUUUCCCCCGUUAAAGUUCUUCUCCAAAUAUGACGUUUAAUGAAAGGCUGAAGCAUUUUGUCUGUUCUCUGCAUCUCGCUCUCCUUUUUUUUUUUCUGCCUCUGUGUUUGUGUUUCAUCUCAUCGCACCUCCACGACCCCUCCCUGCUUUCAGGGCUGUGUACGAACUGCAGCACUUCUCCCCGAUGACCCUGAAAUCAGUUCUCAGUGUGUCAUAAAAGCACUUCAAUGCGUCGGGUGGAAAAGUUCAUCAAUUGGUUAUUUCUGCUGACGCCCGUCCUCGUCUUUGAAGAUCAACCGUCGUCACCUCAAAGGGUUUGGAUUCGGUUUUCUGGGGUCGCAGCGGCUCCGUCCAUCUGUGCCAGCGAAAACCUGUUCUCUCCUGCGAUUGGUUAUCGGAGUACUCGUACGUGCAGGUGUAAGCCAAUCAGAGCUGCAGCCUCAUUAGUCAGAAUCAGUAGCUGUAUCAUAGUCUCAGUGUCCAGAUAACAAGCCAUUAUCUGUCAAGUGUAAUAUGUCAAUGUUAUUAAUUUACUAAAUGAAUAAUGGAUUAAUUGAAUAAAUGACUUGAACUUGCCCAAAUGA